AUGAAUUUAUCAAAAUAACAAGAAGAUAACCCUAUGAUUUAAAAAGGAAAUUAAAAAUAAGUUAAGUACCUUAGUUUCGAUAUGGCAAAUAAUAAUUCCAUUUACGUUUUUUCAUUAUUGAAUAAACCAUAAAUGAUAUUAGGAAUCAGGAGUAUAUUUUUACUUUUGGUGAGUCUAGUAUUGAGUCAUUAGGGAUAUAAUUUUUACAAGAAAGUAAUUAAAAUUAAAACAAUUAGGAUAAAAAAGAUGAAUAAAUGCCUUUAAAAGCUUGGCGCAUAAGAGUUUAAUUUAUGUUAUUAGUUUUCUGUUAAUAGCAUUAUAUGCUAGUUGUUUUUUUGGUAUUCUUUAGAAAGAAGGAUAUUCAUGAGCUUUAAUGGCUGCUUAGGGAGUACCUGUAAAUACAGCAAAAAGAAGCUUUCAUAAUAGUGUUAUCUUAAUUGAGACAAAUUAUAGUAAAUUUAGUGCUUUUAACAGAUUAUGGAAAAGUUUCAUACCAUCUAGAAUUUUAGCCAAUGCAUUUUUGCCUUCGUUAUUAGGUUGGUUUAUAACAAUUUAAAAUAUUAUAAUUAAUUAAAUGAAAGAUUUAUCUUUAUUUGUUGUAUUACAAUAGGAGAUAUAAAUUAUUUGCCAUUAAAAUUAGGUUGUUUAGUAGAUAAGGAAAGUAUGUAAAAAGCUAAAGGAGCACAUUACUUCAAUAUUUUGGACUUGUUUGAUUGGUUUAAUUUUUUCUUUAUUUACAUUGUUUGAAUAGAGAUCAAUAUAAUAAGUAUUUCCUAAAAUGAAAUUCUACUUCUUAUCUUUUCUUUUAAUAAUGGGUGCUAGUGAAUUCUCGAUUACAAAUUCAUUAAAUUUUUAUACGCUUCAAGUUAAUCAAUUUUCGAUAGGAUGUCCAACUAAAUAUAGGACAGUCAAUAUUUAAGGUAGUAAUUAUUUUGAUAUGUAUUGUUCAUAAGAUGAAGUAGGAAUAGUAUGGGAAAAUGAAGUUGAUAAAUAGAAUUCAGAAAAGAGAAAUUAAUUAACUUGCAUGAAUUUAUCUUGUUAUUUAGAGAGUGAAGAACGAACAUUAUUUUAUAAGCAAUAAUUUUUUAUUCUAUUUUGACAGCAUUUUUGGGAUUUAUUGCAGCUGGUCAUUGUUUUGUUAUAGCAUUAUAAGAACCUAAUGUAAUAAAGGCUGGAUCAUCUGUUUAUUCUUAAACUUAAUAAAUAGUGUAAAUUGUUUUAGCAUUAUUUUCAAUAAUACUUGAUAUUUAUUUUUGUAUCAAGUUUAAUUAAAAAGUACAUAUAAAAAUGCCAGAUCUCAACCCUUAUGAUUCUAUAAAUUUAGAACCAAAAUAUUUUCCUGAAUUAUCAGCAUUAUCAUCCAUUUCAUAAUGUUAAGAAGUGAGAGAUUAACAUAAUAAAGCAUUUUGA